AUGGUUCUUCCCUCUUUGCGUCCGAUGCGUCGCAUUGGUUUGGCUCUUGCUGCUGGUGUUGUUUUGUUCUCAGCGUUGGCUGUUGCCCAGGAUGCUAUCUCCGUCGGAGAGCUGUCGGUUGGGCAGAUUGAGGAGGAGCUGCAGAAUUGCCCCUUGGUUGAGUCCCUGAAUGAGCAUAAGCGCGCUACGAGCCCCCAGACCACCAGCCUGAUGUCCAAGAUCUUCUCGGUCCUUUUCCCUGGAAGCCCGGCAGUCAAUGCGAUUCUGGCCACCAUCUACAUCUCCGGACCUCCGAACUUCCUUCUCGCGCUCUGCCCCCCGAACAUCGACCCCUCCUCCCUCUCCGUGAUGGUCGCCUUCGCCGUCGGCGGACUUCUAGGCGACACCAUCUUCAACCUCCUCCCCGAGAUCUUCCUCGGCGAAGACGCCUCAGACCACGUCCGCUUCGUGAUGGUUGAACCUAACCGCAAUCUCCUCCUCGGCCUGGGAAUCAUGGUCGGGUUCUUCACCUUUGUGGCAAUGGACAAGGCUCUGCGCAUUGCAACCGGCGGCGAGGGCCACUCUCACUCUCACGAACAUACCCACAAUGAACCUUCCCCGGCCGCCACGACCACCAGCAGCUCGGCCACCACCGACCCGUCCUCCCUGAAGAACCGUAAACCCGCUGCUACAUCGCCCACCUCAUCUGCCGAGCUCAGUGUUGCGGCCAACCCCUCCCCCAGCAUCAAACUCGGCGGCUACCUCAACCUCAUCGCCGACUUCACCCACAACAUUACCGAUGGCCUGGCCAUGUCCUCCUCCUUCUACGCCUCCCCGACCAUCGGCGCCACCACCACUGUCGCAGUCUUCUUCCACGAGAUCCCUCACGAAGUCGGCGACUUUGCUUUGUUGAUUCAAUCGGGGUUCUCGAAACGCAAAGCCAUGGGCGCCCAGUUUGUCACCGCGAUCGGUGCCUUCCUGGGGACGUUCAUCGGAAUUGCCGUGCAAGAGCUGGGUGGGAACUCUGCUGCUGCUGCAACCUCCUCUGCUUCCGCUUCGACGGUAGGUCUCCUCGGCACGAGCCUCACUUGGGGCGAUAUGCUGCUUCCCUUCACGGCGGGGACGUUCUUGUACGUGGGCACCGUCUCGGUCAUUCCGGAGCUGUUGGAGACGAGUGGGAAGGAUAAGCGUACCGAGGUGAAGCACAUGAUCACGCAAUUCUUGGCUGUGGCAGCUGGGGCGGGGAUUAUGUUGUGGUAA